ACUGCUCAUCAAUCCGACAAUACUUUCUCUCCAGUCAGGAAACUGUCAAAUAUGUGCAAUGAACUCAUCUCUCAAUAUUUCAAUGUUCAUUUGCAAUAUUUGAAGCUCCAAACGCUUGAUUUUCUCGAAAAAUGCGGACUCAAGUUACCAAGUCAAUUGGAUUGACGGUAUUGACAAUACUUUGGAUUGACAAUAAUAUUGUCACGUGUAAGGGCUGCUAAACAUCGUUAGGUUGUUUUUAACUCGGCAAAGUAUACGGAAAAGUUUCAAUCAAAAUUUCAAAAUAUUUGCUCUUUCAUUUCACUGUAUAUCCAGUUGAUGUCGUGAUUCGUGUCAAUGCUUUUGAUGUAUAAUUUUAAGAGCUAACAAACAAAGUCAUAAACUGAAUUAGAUUCCGGCACACAAACACAAGAUUCGUUGCUUGGCAGCAGAAAUCCGAAUCCUGGCCUUAUUUACAUUGUUAUCGAUUCUGACCUUAUGUAACGAUCGCAUGGUUGGAUCUUUGAGUCGCAUCGCAGUUCCCACACUUACGGCGAUGAUUCCUGGUAUCUACAAACAUUCCCGCUGUAGGAACAACGUGUAUCCCCGCAGUGACGUUCGCCGUUAUCCAGUUCCGGAUGAAGAUGUUUGUUGGUCUGUAGUUUAUUCGGACUAUCAACCGCCGUUUUAUGAGGCAAGUGUGAUGAAGGGUAAAGAAUGGGCGGAUUCUGCUUUUGAGCAUCCGAGUUUCAAAGCCAAAUGGAACCAAUUGGACGGUAAAGUGAAUCGAGUCAGUUUCAUCGGUGAGUAUGAGAUUCACAGUGGUUACCCGUUGAAUUUGUUCGGCCGAACUGGUCUACGAGGAAGAGGUUUACUGGGACGUUGGGGACCGAAUCACGCGGCUGAUCCAAUUGUAACCAAGUGGAAAAUCAAUGAACACGGCCAUCAUGUGAUCAACGAGACCUCGGGGAAACGAAUCCUACAAAUGUGCGCUAUCGAAAGACACGAUUGCGGCGAGUGGGCCAUUCCCGGAGGGAUGGUAGAUCCAGGUGAAAUUGUGAGCGCUACUCUGAAACGCGAAUUUAUGGAGGAAGCAAUGAGUUCCUCGAGUGGUACAGAGGAAAUUGAACGAUUUUUCGCUGGUGGCAAAGAAAUCUACAAGGGAUACGUAGACGAUCCGAGAAAUACGGACAACGCCUGGAUGGAGACGGUAGCGGUUAAUUUUCACGAUGAGGAUGGCAGCAUUGUUGGACAGUUCAACCUGCAUGCGGGAGACGAUGCGGCAAAGGUCCAGUGGAUGGAUCUUGGGAUGGACGUGAAACUUUAUGCAAGUCAUGCCUUCAUCGUUCGGAAGGUGGUUGAACUGCUGAAUGCUCACUGGUAGGGUUUUCGGACGAAGAAACCUUCACACGUGUUUGUUUAUUGAGUAAAAUUAUAACAUGUAGCAUAGUUUAAUUUGAUGUUUUUUUAUGAGUUUCAUACAUUUCACUUCACUGAGAAAACCUCGAAAUAUGCUUCAGAUCUGAGUUAGUGAGUUUUGUUGCGGUGUUGAAAAAUCAAUCGAGAAAAAAAAUUUCCUUUCGCUACUGCAAACUAUCAUAUUACGUUAUUGCAUUUUAUUAGGUUUAUAUGGCGUAUUUAUUUAAUAAAUAAAACAAACUAUCACGUAAUCGUAUUGUGAUUGCAAGGAACAAGGUAAUAAAGUUACCAACUGAUAGAAAA